GCCUCCGCCUGGCGACGGCCCCGGAAGGCGCUGAGCUUGAACUGAGGUGGGCUCGAGGCCGCGGCGGCGGUGGCGGCGGCGGCGUAGGAGGUGCGUUCACGCUGCGGCUGCGGCUCCGGCGGGCGGCAGUCUCGGCAGAGGUGGCGGCCCCGGGCCCCAGAGCCAGCUUAUAAAAAUGGGACGUCGUUCAUCAGAUACUGAAGAAGAGAGUAGAAGUAAGAGGAAAAAAAAACAUCGAAGACGGUCCUCAUCAAGUAGUUCUUCAGAGAGCAGAACCUUCAGUCGCAAGAAAACAGGAAGGAAAUCAAGGUCCAAGUCAAGAUCUUGGUCUAGAGAUCUGCAGCUUCGCUCACAUUCAUAUGAUAGAAGACGCAGGCACCGUUCCAGUAGUAGUUCUUCUUAUGGAUCUAGAAGAAAACGAAGUCGGAGUAGAUCGAGGGGCCGAGGAAAAUCCUAUAGAUCUCAGAGAUCAAGGUCAAAAAGUAGAACAAGAAGGUCAAGGUCAAGGCCUCGUCCUCGUUCCCAUAGUCGAAGUAGUGAAAGAUCUAGCCAUAGAAGAACUCGUAGCCGAUCUCGUGAAAGAGACCGCCGUAAAGGCCGAGAGAAAGAGAAAAGAGAGAAGGAGAGAGAGAGAGGGAAGGAGAAGGAAUUACACAGCACCAAGCGCGGGGAUUCUGGAAACAUCAAAGCUGGAUUAGAACAUCUGCCACCUGCUGAACAAGCCAAAGCUAGACUGCAACUGGUCCUUGAAGCUGCUGCUAAAGCCGAUGAAGCCCUGAAAGCUAAAGAGCGAAGUGAAGAAGCAGCAAAAAGAAGAAAGGUGGAAGACCAAGCCACCUUAGGAGAGCAAGUGAAACGAGUCAAAGAAAUUGAAGCAAUUGAAAGUGACUGCUUUGUUCAACAGACAUUCAGAUCAAGCAAAGAAGUCAAGAAGCCCACUGACCCUGUCGAAGGAAAGCAGGAGCCUACAACAUCGGGAACAGUAACUGCAGAUCCACCACACACUGAAAAAGAAAUAGACCCCAGCAGCAUCCCUACCGCUAUCAAGUACCAAGAUGAUAAUUCUCUAGCACAUCCUAACCUAUUUAUUGAGAAGGCUGAAGCCGAGGAGAAGUGGUUCAAGAGAUUAAUUGCUCUCCGGCAGGAACGCCUGAUGGGCAGUCCUGUCGCCUAACACAGGAUUGAAUUAACAAUAAAAUUGGAAUUGACUUCUUGAAAUGUAAAGUCUGGGGGGACACCUGUGUGAAAGGUGACUGGGGGGGGGGGGCGGUGCGGGUUGUGUGUGUGUGCUCCAGUUUUCUGAGAAGCUCAAUAAAGUGGCCAUUUUAGCCC